AAUUAAAAAACAAUACUACAUUAAUUCAUUGUAUAAAUAAGAUUUUCACAGUCAGUCUAUAAAUUCUUCUUAAGGUCCUUAAUACAAAGUUACGAACGUUACAAUAUGAAGAACGCAAUUUUGUUCAUAACCUUUCAAGCCAUAAUUAUUAAGACCGCAUACUCUCAAUGUUGCAAUCGAGUUAUCUCCAACUGCGCUCCAAACGUUGUCGAAACGAUUCUGCCAAAUCAAUACUUUGGCCCUCAAUUGGCACCAGCUCCCAUACUACCCGCUUUAGGACCUGCUCCCGUUUUGGCACCACCUCUAGUGCCAGGUGUGAUCUCUGAAGUUGGAUAUCCAACUGUUAUUCAAGACAGCAGUGUUGCCAACAGCUUGGCAAACGCCCUACAACUACUUGUUGUUAGCAAUUUGUUGAGUAGCACUUUGCCAGGCCCAUGUGAAUUGCCAUUAUCCGGAUAUCCGGUGGAAAGUAUUCCAAUUCCAUCGUUGCCAGCCUAUAAUUAUGUUUACUAGUUUAAUAAACUUAAACGCAUA